GAAAAGGGAGACUGGAGCCAAUAUACAUUGUGGCAGCAAGGUCGGAAAAAUGAAAAGUCCUGUACCGCUGCACCUAGGACAUGUGCUUUAUUAGAAAGAUUUCCUGAAUCCAUUGGAUGCCGCAGGGGGCAGAUAAAAUAUUCUGUCAUGCACCCUGGAACUCAUGUGUGGCCCCAUACAGGACCAACAAACUGCAGACUGCGAAUGCACUUAGGACUGGUUAUACCAAAGACCGGUUGUAAAAUAAGAUGUGCCAAUGAUACUAGGAGUUGGGCAGAAGGGAAUGUGCUGAUUUUUGACGACUCUUUCGAACAUGAGGUGUGGCAAGAAGCGGACUCCUAUCGGUUAAUAUUUAUUGUGGACGUUUGGCACCCAGAGCUUACACAACAUCAAAGGAAGACUCUGCCUGCCAUUUAA